AUGUCGCCAGUCGUGACAGCAGUGACCCACCGGCUUGAGGGCUUCCCCCAGGAUCUUUCCGCCUUUCAGCUCCCAUCAAACCCAACAAAAGUUGAACUCGCAGACAUUGUAUCGCAUCUCAACAUUCUCGCAACGACAAAAAACACGCCAAAGGCUCGGCACUCGAUCGCCCAGGUCGCAGCCCUCCUGCCACCCGAGCAGGCCCUCGAGGACAUUGAGCUCGCAUGGGCGCUCGACCAGGGCGCGAGUGUCGUGGCUGUUGAAUCGCACAUCGCCGCAGGCCUCGGACAGGGAGUGUACGACGGGCGGAAAUGGAUCCGCGCGCUCGCCGCCGCCGGGACUCCGAGAGGGCGAGAUGUGCUGGUAGCCUGGGGAACAGAGCACUUUGACGACUUUUUGGAGGCCUGCGAGUCAGAGUUUGGCAACCCGGCGCUACGCAUCGGUAUCCUCCGCAUCGUCGUCUUCCUCCUUCUCGACGCACCAUACUCGCCAGAUGUGCCCUACGAAACGACUCUGAUGUACCGGUUCGCGUCCCACUCCUUCUUCUUCUCGCUCCUCUACAGCCUGUUGUUCGACACCAACAACCAGCUCUUCCCUGUCGCGUUAAGCGCUCUCAGCACAGUGCUUCCAUUCGCCAUCCAAGUUUGGACAGACCACGUUCCCCUGUUGAUGGUUGUGAUCGGCCGCGCCAUCUGCUGGCGUGAUCGACCAUUCACAGCUUCAGGAAUCACCAAGGCAACGGGAUCGACGCCGACGCCACGACCCAACCCCAAGUACAACUGGACAGUGUGCGAGGCAACGGAAGUCGAGGCGAUUGCGCCAACCCACACGGAGAAGAUUGUCGUGCAGCUGGUCCUGAUUGCGUUCUACGGCGCAUGGCCGUCCAAUCUGGUCGGCUUUGUUCGCAACCCUGACCAGUACCUGGACAACAAGAACAUUGAGCCAAUUUACGACGUUCCAUGGGCAGAGGUCUGGCAACCUGGACUGAUGGGAUCGCGCAUGCUGCCCCUGAUCAACGGCUUCCAGCUCCACCCGUCCAUCAUGCAGUUCACGUCCGAGGAAGAGCUGCGCGACGAGAAGCGAUGGGACAAGUAUGACCCGUCCGAGUUUGUGUCGACGGCCCGGAUCAUGUCGAGGACAGAGGACGAUCCCAACACGACAUUCCAGUUCUUCAACAAGCCUUUGAUGCGUCUCGAUCCGAUCCCCACCGAGGUCACAGACCAUGACCCAGCACUGGAGACGGCCAACUUCAAGGACGUGGACGAUAUCACGCGUCUCAAAGAGGAGAAUGAGUUAUUGAGGCUGGAGGCGAUGUAUAACAGGCGGCUGGGCAAGCAGUAUCUGUAUCACAUCGGACGGCUCCACAAGAACUCUCUGCGAUUCAACACCGACGAGGCCGAGAUCCACACUUUCCUCAACAAGAUCAAGGAGUUGACAAAGACGAUUACGACAAUGACCGCCGAGCUAUCGCAACAGCGCACCGAGGCCACGCAGGCGCAACAGAAGCACGUCAAGUGGCAGGAGCAGCUGCGUGACAAGGUGUCUGGAUUCCGAGAGGAGCGACGAGCAUGGCAGACCGAGGCUACCAAGAUUCGGUCCGAGCUGAGCGAGGCCAACGCCAUGGCCAAGCGGCUGCGCGACGAGCUGGCCGAGGCGCGGAACAAGAGAUUCGUCCUCGAAAACCAGCUGCUCGAAGUCACGCCAAAGGUUCGGCAUAUUGCAGACUACGAGACACGGAUCAAGCAGCUCACCGACACGCAAAUGCUUUGGGACAGCGACAUCCAGAAGCUUCGGGAUGCCGAGGUGGCGGCGGAGGAGCUGCGGGGACGGGUAUUCGAACUCGAGAAGAUGAUGGAGGUGCGGGACAAGCUCGUGGCCGAGCAGGCGAGCAACAUUACCAAACUCGAGCGGAGUGUCGCGAGCCAACUAGCCACGCCUGAGCCCACGCCACCACCAAAGUCGCCCAACCAGAUCCCACCACCAAGCUUCUACAUCAACGUUGCGGACAAUACGAAGAAGCGGUGCGAGAAGCUCGAGCGCGAGAACCUCGAACUCAACGUCGAGAUUGAGCGCCUCCGCCGGCUAUCACUGCAGACGGCGACAGGGGAUGUGGGGCACAGCCUGCUCUACGGCGGCGCGGCGUAG